AAGAUACACUACACUUGCUCAAGACCGCCAUCUACUUGGCCUCUCCAAUGACCCGUGUAACGAAUUUCGGACGGAAGCGAACCUAUCUUGAAGCUGGACUUGCAACGACACCAGCAGAAACUGCAGAUCCUACAGUUCUUGAGGCGAUAGACGAACCAACAGCCGAAAAUGUCCCACCAAGGAAAAAGAAACGUUCAAAACAAGAAGGCAAUUCCAAGGCAGCAGUAGAUGGUAGGAAUAAUGCACAUUCGAAGCAAGGAAAAACAAAAGCCAGUAGAGCUGCCGCAUCUGAACUUCGCCGCCAACAACGAAUAGCUGAACGCGACGCCCUCAUAACGUGUUUCGCAUGCCGUGAAAGAGGCCAUGCAGCCAGAAAUUGCCCCAAGACGAAGAUCCAAGACACAAAUGGGAAGCCAGGAAAGACCGUCGUCGGUAUCUGCUAUAGAUGUGGCUCCACCAAGCAUACUUUGUCCAAGUGUAGAAAACCUUCAGAUCCGUCGAAUCCUUUCCCUUUUGCUUCCUGCUUCGUCUGCAGCGGUCAGGGACACCUAGCAUCGUCCUGUCCACAGAACAAGGAGAAAGGAGUAUAUCCGAAUGGAGGGUGCUGCAAAAUUUGCGGGGACACCUCUCAUCUUGCGAAGGACUGCGAGCUCAGAAAGAAAGAUCUGACGCAUAAUCCUUCCGUUUUCGUUGUAGAUGAAGAUGUGGGCGUUGGUGCUGACGAAGAUGGCUUUCAUGUUUUCAAAAGAAAGCACCAUGAAGUGGAGCGAGAUGAAAAGGCUGCUCAGCGACAAGUGGUGCUUUCGAAUCGGAAUCCUCCCGUACGUAAGAAAAAAGUAGUGCACUUUUAACAUCAGUUUUGGAUCUUGGGGCUGCCUUUCUGAAGGCCUUCUCGAUGUUUCCAUGAUUUAUCUGUGAUUCUUUCAAUGGGACAAUGCCGUGAAUAAUCGUCGAAUGUCUACAUGUGCUUAACAUGCUGCCUCAGUGGAAGAUCCCCCUUCUCGUAAUUGAUUAAUGGUAACUUCCAUAUAGUCUAGUUGUCGCGGCCUUCUUA